UUGCUUGGAUCUGACUAUCUGCAGAAUGGCGAUGGAUACAGUGUAAAGAGGCUGGGCAGUGAUCACACGCUCAACGCGCUGCUGAACUCCAUAAUCCAUGUCCCAGAGAAGGCGGGAAGAAACCCUUCCUUUGUAUUCGAGCCACAAAGGUUUGGGCGUGCAGCUCAAAGAAGCUUCGACUCUGGCACUGAGCCUCAGAUACACUACCAGGACUGGGAAAUCAUUCCGUCACAGAUCUGGAGCAUGACCAUGCCACAACGGUUUGGAAAGAAGAAAUAAUGGAACUGGACAUCCGUAAAACCAAGAGAAUGAGCAUUCUUCCGCAAUGGCUCACCUCGACUUAGAAACUAUUUGUCAAUUAAACACCUCCAAAUAUUGUGCUUCUAGAAAUUUGUUCACUUGUGAUACAUAUACUUAAUGAACUGUU